GUUACUAUGGAGGUUGGGGUGGAUAUGAUUAUAACCAAGGAUACGGUGGAUAUGGUGGAUAUGAUUAUUCCGGCUGGGGAUACGGACAAGAGCAAGGCCAACAACAAAGCAACUAUGGAAAGAGUGGAACCAAUAAAAGAGACUACUACAUGCACGGAUCAGCCUUAGUCACUUAGUUACUAAAUAUCUCCCUAGUAACCAUGCUAUAUCAGUCCAACAAUUUUGUAAACGUAAUUUUUUGUCAAAUUUCCAAUAAGAGUAAAGAUUUCUCAUUUAUUUUCUUUUUCAUUUCAAUUUUUUUGAUAAAUUAAAGGGGCUUCCCCUCUUUUUAUUAUGAACCUUGUACAUCAUUAAAGGUUAAUUGAUCUCAUCCUUUUAACCCAAAACUGUGUACAUACGCUAAGUUUUCUUUCAAACUAAACUUAACUGUACAUACCAAAUAAUUUCAAAUUUCCAAUGAAAAAUUAUUGUACAUCUUUUUAUCAUCCUAAUUUGCAUAAUUUCAAAGAUGACAAUAAUUUGUACAUUUUGAAAUAAUAGUUGGGCUUCAGCCAUUUAAAUUGUCCUAAUGCAUGAUGGUAUUGGAACGCGAAGGAACAGGCUGGAGUGAGAAAGAAGUCACAUGAUAAAUCCGUCCAAUCAUCUGGUGGAAAUGUGGGACAAUUUUUGUCUCUAAGUGUUUGGUGCUUGGGCGAUGAACUCUCAUUCGCGUGUUGUACAUGUAUAUAUUUUCUGGAAUCGGGACAUUCCAUGUGGUGCAAGAAUGGUGGUUUUUGAUUGGCUGUUCAGUGUGUCAUGUAUUUCUGCAGUUUGAGUACCUGUUCUAUGAGCAUAUAUUUUCAGCAUAAAAUCAAGCAAAUGGUAGGGUGAUCAUUUAGUGCUGAUUUAUAUUGGUUCUUUUUUUCAGUGAAAAAUUUUGAUUUUUCAGUACCUUAUUUGGAAAAUUGUCCAUCCUGAAAUUUAACUCCUGAAGUUUAAAAUGUUCCAUGUCCAGUUAGUACAGAAAAAAAAUAACAUUCUGAAUUUAAGUGCUUGACAAUAGUCAAAAGAAAUUGUCAUAAAAGUUUCAAAGUUGAUGUACUUAUGUGAAAUUUAGCCUCUAUUUAUUAGAAAUGCUCUGAACAGUUCGCCUAUUGAAUUGAAAUUUGAACCCCAUUCUUCAGAAGUCCCUGUAUUAUGUAAAGAAAGAAAAAAGGAAAAAAAAAAUUUUUGAAACUUGCACACUAUUCCUUCACUCUCUGGUAUAUGAAAUAUGAUGAAAUUUUGAAUAAUUCAUUAAAAUUAAAUGUUUGAACAUGGAGCAUUUUACUCUUUUGCAGAAUGUACAUCUGGCGCAGUGAGUAUGAAAAAUAUCAGAAAAAUACAUUUUCUUUGCCAGUAUCUCUUAUUUACUUCUAAAUGUUGAUGAAGGAUGAAGUACUAAUUACGAACCCCCUUCCCCCGAUUCUCGAAAGAAAUCUGAAAACUGACCAACACUAUUACUGCAAGCAAGCCAGGUAGCCUAAUGAUGGCCUUGGUGGCUUCGGAAAUGUACAAGCCUCGGCAGACAUUGUGUUUUUGUUGAAUCGUCAUCUGACGUCUCGAGGAUUGAACCUUCAAGGUCAACUUUCCCGCGCUUUUCGCUCGGCACUGAAACUUUACAGAUGACCU